AGCAUGUGGUAAUUGACAGAUAAAUAUAGGUUAUAUGUUUGUGUUUUAAAUACAAAUUUUGUAUAAUUCAUAUGUUAAAAUAUAUUCUUUUUAAACCCUUUUAUAAAUAAUGGCUGCAUUAAAACUGAAAAAGAAAACAAUGGAACAAAAAAAGAUCGUGAAAAAUCCCAAAACAAAGAAAUCUGCCAAGAAAGUGAUAGGGAAUUCAAAGAAAUCCAAAGAGAAGUUAAAAAUUAAACAGAAACUAUCUAAACACCUUGAAAAAAAUUUAGAUCAAGAGCUUGAAGAAGAUUCGGACGAUUGCAAUAUUUGGGAAAUGGAUGAAACGUUAAGUGACAGUGAUCAAGAUGCAACCAUAAAUGAUGAUCAGGAGAACAUAGAAGAAAGUGAUGAAGAAGAUUCAGCAGAAAAACAUAAGAGGGAUCUAGAAAAAUUAAAAGAAAGUGACCCAGAAUUUUACAAGUUUUUGCAAGAGAAUGACAAGAAAUUGCUAGAAUUUAAUGUAUCAGACGAGGAAGAUGCAGAAGUAGGCGAAGAAAAGGAAGCUGAUGAUGAUGAUGAUGUUCAUAUGCCUAGUGAUAAAUUGUCAGUAGCAAGUGAUGAGAGUGAUUUUGAGGAUGCAGAUGAUGAUAAGCCAAAAGAUUCAAGAGUGAUAACUCUUAAAUUAUUAAAACAUUGGCAAACAGAAAUUCAGACAGAUAAGAGUAACAAAACAAUAAUUGCAGUAAUACAUGCCUUCCAUGCUGCCCUAAGAACUGUUGUAAGUGAAGAAGAAGAUCAAGAACCUAUUGACUAUAAAGUUGAAGGUUCUGCUGUUUUCAAUGGAGUUAUCCAGCUCUGUGUGUUAGAAUUGGGUCCAGCAGUACGAAGAUUUUUAGGUCUAAAACCUAAAUCCAAGCAACCUCCACAUAAAUGCAAGAAAUUUAUAAAGAUAAAAAAGUAUUUGAAGGGGUACUUUACGGAUAUAUUAAAGCUUCUGCAAGGUGUUACUUCAUCAAAUAUACAAACAGUGCUUCUAAAGCAUCUGCAUUAUAUGUCACCACUUUUAACUUCAUUCCCACAUAUAACCAAAUCCAUAGUGAAGAGACUAGUGACUUUAUGGGGAACCACAGAAGACUCUGUCCGAGUAGUAGCAUUCUUCUGCAUUUUAAGAAUAACCAACAACCAGCAAUCCACCAUUUUGGACACAGUUUUAAAAUCAAUGUACAUGACUUAUGUCAAGAACUCAAAAUUUGUCAGCUUCAAGGGCUUGCCUGUGAUUAAUUUCAUGAGAAGAUCUUUAGUUGAAAUGUUUGCUUUGGAUGUGAAUUUUGCCUAUCAACAUGUGUUUUUGUACAUUAGGCAGUUAGCUAUACAUCUACGAAAUGCCAUAACUGUUAAUAAGAAAGAAAAUAUCCAAGCUGUGUACAAUUGGCAAUUUGUAAAUUCUCUGAAGCUCUGGGGUAAUCUGCUAGCAGUGACUUACAACAAGAAGAUAAUGCAGCAGCUGGUGUAUCCUUUGGUGCAGAUUUGUAUAGGAACCAUCAAAUUAAUUCCCACUGCACAAUACUACCCUUUAAGGUUUCAUAUAGUUCAAAUUUUAAUGGAUUUGUCAAAAGAAACAGGAGUUUUUAUUCCUGUACUGCCGUUUUUGUUAGAGGUGUUGACAUCCUUUGACUUCAAUAAAAAACACAAAAAAGUGUCAAUGAAACCAAUACAUUUCACUUGCCUGCUGAGACUGUCAAAAUCACAACUACAAGAAAAUGGUUCCAAAGAUAUGGUUAUAGAAACAAUCUAUGGGAUGUUGUUGGAAUAUCUAAGUGCCCAAUCACAUACUCUUGCUUUUCCAGAUAUGAAUUUAAUUUCAAUUUUGCAGAUCAAAAAGUUCCUGAAAUCAUGUAAAAACCCAAACUAUUCCAGAAAGCUGAAGCAAGUGUUAGAAAAAAUUGAACAAAAUUCAAGAUACAUAGAAAAUGAAAGGACAAAAUUAAAUAUAAACAUAAAUGAUUUCAAACAAAUAGAAGGGUGGGAAGCACAGAUUAAAGAAAAGAAACCACCGCUGACGGUUUACUACGAGAGUUGGGAUAAAUUAAGGAUAGUUAAGAAGAACAAACAACUGACUAGUAACGAUGAAUUGGCUGAUUAUAAUUUGCCAACACUAAAGAGGACUAAAAAAGAUGGAAAGAAACCUGAAGGACCUGUUGAACUGUUCCCCAGCGAUUCUGAAGAAGAUGAAGAAGAAGGUGGUAAACGAAAGCGAGGUAAAAGAGGAGGAAAGAAGCAUAAAAAGGUAGCUUCAUCUGCUCCUGUCGAGCCAGAAGAUGAUGGAGACAAGGAUAUAGUAGAAGAUAUUGAAGCAGAUGAUUGGUGAUUGAUUUAACAGCAUAGAUAUUAUAAUUGUUGAAAUGUAAAUCUUUUUUAAUUAAACCUAAAAAACAGUUUAA